GUGGGCCUACCACCCACGGCUCAGCUGUGUGCGGAAGAGUGAAGACCACCUUAUUUCUGCGAGUGAAUAUAUCGCGCACGCGUAGAACUGCGUCCGUCACGCACCCCAAGCUCUCUCCCCACACCACGCCAGCCGGCCCAGCCCCGCCACAGCCACCGUCGCGGCUAGACAUUGCUUCAGCCACCAUGGUCCUCUUUUAGGUGAUUUGGACACACACUGACGGUGCAAUUCUCCCUCUGCCACUCACGAUUCCUCUUCCCCGCCACUCAAUACAGCUGCCAUCAGAAGCCCACUGACGAAACUAGCUCCAUUGCCAUCUCGCACAGAAGCCGCCAAUCAUCCACUCUUAAGCCACUGAGUUGCAGUUGGACUCCGUUUUGCUUAUAAACCACACGGAUCCCCUCUAGGUUCAAACCGACAUCGCACAACGCCACAUCCUCCUUCAGCCGUGUACCUCUCGGAUAUGGAGGUAAGCUCGGUGCAACAUCAUCAAGGGGAUGAAGAAGAAUUCGUAUUGCUUGAUAUCAACAGUGUUUCUGGGCAACUUGACAUCCCGUCAAAUGCACCAUAUGUUCUCUCUGGCCUGGACACAUUGAAUCCAGUAUUAAUUAUUGAUGAAAAAUUGAAGUUGAUAGGUGAAUAUGAAGAAACAAUUGGCACUUGCUUGGUUUUCACGGAAGAAGCUGUCUUUAUUACCUUGUUCGAGCCCCCACAUGACAGAAGAAGUCGCCUGACCUAUUUGAUCCAAGAGCAAUCGCCUAUAAAAUCAUUCCUGCAGCCUCACUGCCUUCUUUUCUGGUUACGGGUGUGUGCUAAAUCCGCUUCUCUUUGCAGAUGCUACCCCAGUGGUUCACGAAGAGACAGGACCAUCCGAAGCAAACCUUUUCUCGGCAAAAUGUAUGAUAGAUCCAAAUCGAGCGCCAAGCAAGGAUGUAAAACCAGUGGCACGGCUUCAUAAGAUUCUGAAGUUUAGAUUGGCACCUGAUGCUGACAAUCAAUUUGCAACAUCUGAGCAGACUGAGCAAGUCUGAAGAAUUCUUGGGUUUCCCAAAUCCACACAGAAUAUUGAACUGGGAACCGGAGCCGUUGCAUGGCUUUAAUCUUUGGGCCUGAUUGGACAAGUUAUGAUGCUACUGUGUUCUGUUUUUAAAAUAGAGAAAAAACAGAGAGAUAUGGGUACUUCUUUGAACCAUCCUGAUUUGGUAAUCUCUACCAAAUCUACAAUUAUGAUAUAACAACGAGAUCCCCCAACAGCAUUUCCUUGCA